CAUUGAUCGGGCGUUCGAAGGAGAUGGAGGUGGGAGUCCAGCCCUGACCCCACCCCCAGCGGGGCGCAACUCCACCCUUCCCCCGCCCCGUGGCUCGAGUUAGUCUGCGGUCCUGGGUCACAAAGGCGGUUGCCAGGCGCCGGGCGCAGAAAAGAUGCCACUUCUGGAGCGUGCAGCCGGCGGAGUUCAGCAGGACUGUCAAUGGCAGGAUACCAGCUCUGGUCACCAUGGACCCCACUGGACGAGAGCUUCCAAUGGCUGCGGCAUACAACACCUACACCUUCCUCCAAGCACCCCUUUAGGGCCUCCCCCUGCUUCCCACACACCCCUUCUGACCUUGAGGUGCAGCUGUGCUUUCAAGAAGUCACUCUAGUCCUAGACAGCUCAUUCCUGGAACCUGGAGUGAGCCCCAAGUUACCAUGCCACACAUCAGAGCUCCGAACCAUGAAAAACAAGAAAGGACUGGUCAGGAAGCCCCAGCCCGUCCGUCUCAGUGGAGUGGAUUCUGUCUUUGGCAGGGUCAUCACAGCUCAGCCACCAAAGUGGACAGGGACCUUCAGAGUUUCUGACAAGUCAGCCUUUUGCAAAAUCAUUAGCAGGGAGCAUCAGUGGCCCACUGGACUUAAGGAGCCUCAGAUUCAGAUGACAGUGACUAUGUGCAAACAGAUGCUGCGCUCUAUCCUCUUGCUAUAUGCAACGUACAAGAAGUGCACCUUUGCCUUGCAACACUCCAAGUAAAGGGUCCUCAUUUGCACCCCAGUUUUUCACGCCAUGUCCUUUGGUAUAUGUACCUGCAGUUUACAGAAACCUGUCCAUAUCCACGAAACUGUGACACUG